AUGCCGAAGCCGACGCUGCUGCUGCGCGGGGGCUGGGAGCGCGAGCGCAGCCCCGGAGACUCCGAGCUGGGCCGCCAGUUCCGGGACUGGUGCUUGCGCACCUACGGCGACUCAGCCAAAACCAAGACGGUGACACGCAGCAAAUACCAGCGGAUAGCCGAGGUCCUGCAGGGCGGCGGCGGGACCGGCGCGGGCAGCGGCCCGGCGGCCGGCGAGAAAGGCAAGUUCCAGUUCUGGGUGCGCUCCAAGGGCUUCCGCCUGGGCAGCGGCCGGGAACCCAAGAUGGGCCAAGUGGUGUAUGUGCCGGUCAAGACGGGCUCGGGGGCAGAUGGCCUGUCGGAGCCCGAGGGCAUCUCUCUGAAGCGGGUUGCUGUGGUGGAAGAUUUCUUUGACAUCAUCUACUCGAUGCAUGUGGAGAGCUCCGCAGAGCCAGGCAAAGCCCCCAAGCACGCUGGGCAGAAGAAAACCUACCGAGCGAUCGCGGAGACCUACGCCUUCCUCCCAAGAGAGGCUGUGACCCGCUUCCUCAUGAGCUGCACGGAGUGUCAGAAGAGGAUGCACUUUAACUCCAGCGGCCCGGAGCCCAAAGAAAAUGAGCCUCCAUCUCCUCUGGUCUCUGGGAUUAUUGACUACAACAUGCCCCUCACCUCCACCUACUUGAAGCAGAUGAAGUUACGGGUGAUGAACUCCCAGGAGCAGGAUGAGACUUCUGUGAGCAGUGAAGAUUUUGAUAUGAAUGACUCCACAUGGAUGUCAGCUGACCCCCACCUGGCCUCCAGCCUGAGCCCCAGCCAGGAGGAGAGGAUGCGGAGCCCACAGAACCUUCAUAGCCAAGAGGAUGAUGACUCCUCCUCUGAGAGCGGCAGCGGCAAUGGCUCCUCCACCCUGAACCCGUCCACCUCCAGCAGCACGCAGGGUGACCCCUCCUUUCCUGAGAUGAAUGGCAGCGGUGCCGCGGCCCCCAUGGACUUCACUGCCACGGCUGAGGAUCAGCCCAUCAACCUGUGUGACAAGCUCCCACCAGGCACGGCGCUUGGCACACCCUCCUACCCCUCAGAUGGCUGCAGUACUGAUGGGCUGCGGAGCCGUGUCAAGUACGGGGUGAAGAGCACCUCCGAGUCCCCCCCUUAUAGCUCUGGGAGCUAUGAUUCCAUCAAGACCGAGGUCAGUGGGUGUCCUGAGGACCUGACGGUGGGCCGGGCCCCCACUGCGGAUGAUGAUGACGACGACCAUGAUGACCACGAGGACAAUGACAAGAUGAAUGACUCGGAGGGCAUGGACCCUGAGCGUCUCAAGGCCUUCAAUAUGUUUGUGCGGCUCUUUGUGGAUGAGAACCUGGACCGCAUGGUGCCCAUCUCCAAGCAGCCCAAGGAGAAGAUCCAGGCCAUCAUCGAGUCCUGCAGCCGGCAGUUCCCCGAGUUCCAGGAGCGGGCCCGCAAGCGCAUCCGCACAUACCUCAAGUCCUGCCGCCGCAUGAAGAAGAAUGGCAUGGAGAUGACUAGACCCACGCCUCCCCACCUGACCUCAGCCAUGGCAGAGAACAUUCUAGCAGCUGCCUGCGAGAGCGAGACCAGGAAAGCAGCCAAAAGGAUGCGCCUGGAGACCUACCAGUCCUCACAGGACGAGCCCAUAGCCCUGGACAAACAGCACUCCCGGGACGCCUCUGCCAUCGCGCACUCCACCUACUCACUGCCAGCCUCCGCCUACUCCCAGGACCCCGUGUAUGUCAACGGCGGCCUCAACUACAGCUACCGCGGCUACGGGGCCUUGAGCAGCAACCUGCAGCCCUCUGCUUCCCUCCAGACAGGAAAUCACAGUAAUGGGCCCACGGACCUCAGCAUGAAAGGCGGGGCCUCUACUCCCACGCCUCCCACGCCCACGCCUUCCAGCAACAGCACCAGCAGGACCAUGCCCACGGCCCAGCUCAGCCCCACGGAGAUCAGUGCUGUGCGGCAGCUCAUCGCUGGUUACCGAGAAUCCGCAGCCUUCCUGCUGCGCUCUGCGGAUGAACUGGAGAACCUCAUUUUACAGCAGAACUGACCCCACUGGCUCCUGGAGUGCACUACGCCAGGGAAGGUGGCUGACCCAGCCCCGGACCCAGCCUCCUGCCUCACCAGUUGGUACAUAGUUGUCUGAAAGAGGUGGGAUCCAAAAGAGCUGUUUCUAGCCACACUCCGAGCAUCUGAGACUUUGGGCACAAGGACACUUUUUCUGGGAAUCUUACCACACGGGUGCUCUGACCUGCUUGGAAGAGGCCAACAGGGCAGCUCUGGAAGGAUUGGGGCUCCCCUGACAAGGCAAUGGGGCUGCAGCUCUAUUUAGAAUCACCUUCGUGGACCCUGAUGUUAGAAUACCACCCCCCCAUAAUUACCUUUCAAGUCUUAGGUGAGCAGAAUUGCAUAUUUAUUGAGAAAAGCAAAGUGGACCCUUUCUUCCUCUCCCCUAGUAAUUUAUUUUUCUGAAAAUGGAUUCUUUUGUGUUUGUACAGAUUGCCAGUCUGUGUCUGUCUGAUCAGAAGGAUAUCCCUGUACCUAACAUUCCAUAUCACUACACUGACGUGGGCUGGGGACCAGCAGGGUCAUGUGGGCUCCAGCUGGCUGUCUCCCAAGUGCCCAGCAAGCACAUCCUGGGGAAGGCCACUACCACUGCACCGGGCUGUCUUGUUGCAGAUCCCAGUGCUGCCACAGGGACACUGCCAGGCACUGCCAAACAAGAGGACCUCACCCACACCCAUUGCAAAGCAAAACAAAAAGGCACUCACCCAUUCUACAGAGCCCCAGUCACACGGUCACCUGUAUUCUACCUCACACUCCAGCAUGGGCUUUUCCAGGAUGUGCCCCCAAAGCCCAUUCUGAACAGCUGUCUCCCAGCUCCCAUGCAAUGUGUCUGCCGGGAGGUAAGUCUGACCCAGUGCCCAAGAGCCGGCGCCUAGAAGGGUCUGAUGGCCCUCACAGCCAGCAGUUUGCCAUUGCCUGGCCCUGGCAGCUGCUUGACAGGAUGGAAUGCUGGGAACUGGUGGCUGGCCAGCAGGACACUGGUCCUUAUCUUGCUGCCAAGGACCCAGGUUUGAACAGUCAGUGGGCGCAUAGGACCCCCGUCCCCAGAUACCUAAAAGGGCCACCUCCCUGUCAGGCAGCUUUGACCCUUACCUCGUGGUUGGAGUAAAGGGAUCAUCAGUGGACAUGGAGAAGCUACUUGGGCUCUCACAGAACUGCCCUUUUUGUAAAAGGUCCUGUCCUGUAAGAAACCCAGUCCCUGGAGUGUGAAAAGGGGCAGAAAAGGCUGUCCUGGUUUCCUUCCUCCCUUGAUAGGCACUUCCUCUUGCUCUGUGCAAUACCUACCAGUGCUGCUAAAACCAGGGAUUCACCCAGACCUCAGCAGGCCCUGGAGCCUCUCCUCUGCUCAACACUCCGUAGCCAUGACAGCAGCAUUGUGCUGCCUGUCCCUGCCCAGAGCAGGCAGAAGCCCUGUUGCCUUUUCUCCCCCAGAGCAAAGAGGUCCCAGGGGAGCCAGGGUCGAGUGGACAUAGGCCAGAUUCAGAGAGCCACCCAAACCCAGAGCAAGUGACCCUUCCCAAAGCAGUUUUGUGGCAGUAACUGCUGUGGCAGUCUGGUAGACCACCCUUCAGCAGGGGUGGGCAGGCAGUGCCAGUGAGGGUGGCCACCUGGUCAGAUCCAGGGCUGCAAGGCAGGGUGACACCCAUAGACACUUCCACCCCGAGGUUAGGGCUAGUCUCUCCCUUAGUCUCCAGCGCCCACCCAGCCACACCACCUCUGCCUUCCACGUGCCCGCCCACCCGCUCCCCAGGCCUCUGGUCAGGGCCAGGACACCUGAGCCCCCUCAUACAGCACAAGCUCCAAUGCCCAAGGCCUCUCCCACAGCCGGCCGGCCAUGUGCCCAGUUUCCUACCUGCUCAGUAGGACUCCUGGAUGUUUGAAUUUGUGUAAAUAUUUAUUUUUGUGUGUGAAUACUACAAAGUAAUCAGUAGAUCUUUUGCAAAAUGUUACCCCAGGCAAUUUGUGAAAAUCUUAAUGUUAAAACCUGGCAGAGACAAUCGCGCCCUAGAAAAUCCUGGUAUCGGUUGCUUAUGUCAUCUCUGCCCCCAGAGGCAGCACCCAAAGCAGACACAACCAUUUCUUGGCAGGCAGGAGAGAGAGACUAGGCAGGGCUCCUCCUCUGCCCCGUGGGGCACGUAGAAGGAUCAGCGUCAGCCGUACCUGAAGCAGCGUUUUCCUGAGCGCAGGCCGUUAUUACCAGACAUUGGCAGCCUGCCUCUGGGCUGUGGUGUGAGCACAGGCUCCAUGUGUUUUCCAGAAAAAGGAAGCGAAUGCCAGUGCUGAUGGUCCUAGGGGGCCUAAAGGACCAUGGGUGCCUUCGUGCAGAGAAACUGUAUGAGCCCCCCAGAGAUGGCUGAAUCAGGAGUCAGCUGUAAUGUGUGGAAAUGAGAUUCCAUUAGCUAGGUCAGUCAGGAACAGGUUCUGCUUGCUGGUGUUACAGAAGAUGCAGCGUCAAGCCCUCCCCCUUGCUUGUUUGGAGAGUUUCACAGUUGGUUUUGAUGGACUCCGCUGGCUACUGCCCCACCCUGGAAGAGGGCUUGCCUUCUCCUGGAGGAAGCUCCCCAGAACCACUUUGGUCUUAGGGAGGGUCUCAGGGCACAAAGUAAUCACUGCAGAUCCCAAGUUCAGGCAGCGCAAGAGGACACACCAAUGUCAGCCUGCAGGGCAGAUCCCACAACAAGGCACUUGGUCUUUCUGGUGGAUGGUGACCUAGAAGACCAGUGAUAGCAUGUGUGACCCAUCUGAAAUCAUUUUUGUCACCACUCAACGGUUUAAUCCCAAGGAUAGUGUUGGGGAGGGGAUGGGCAGGGCUAGGGGGACAAUAGAGAACUUGCAACAGGUGGAAGUCAUCUGUCCUUCCCUAUUCUCAAGGGCCACGUACAACUCCACAGGUGGUUAUAAGAUUAACUACCAAUUCAUUCUCAAAAUGCUGCUUUGAACUCAGAGGGUUGAUACUUUUAAUUUGUAAUUUUUUGUAAAACUUUUUACAAGAUAGUAAAGUAUUUCACCAGAAUACCAGUUUCAAUCCGUCCGUGGUCUGAUUUUUAUAUAAUUUAGUGGUGCUUUAGACACUUUGUUUUGUUGUUUCUGAGCUCAGUAGCUCGGUCCUUCCUUGCCUGUAUCUACCUAAGACCAAUGUGAACCUUUGUAUUUUGCUCCUAAUUUUGGACUCAGUGGAAGUGUGCUGUUUACAUGUACAGACGCCCCACCCCUGUGUUCUGCAAGACGCGCUCUUACGGAGGAAGAUGCACCUCACUAAGCUCAUCUGUUUAGCAAAGCCACAAAACAAAACCUCUCACUUUGUACCUGUUUCCACCUAAAAACAAACAAAAACCUACACCACCCACAACUCCGACUUGCCGACACUCUGCCUGGUAGACGCCUGUGCCUCUACCACGUGUCCACUUAGGCAUCAGGAUAGCGCCUCCUUUGGCUGGUGGGUAGCACCCGGACGGAGGAGCAAAGGCACCCAGCCCCCAGCUUGGGGAGAGGCAGUUAUUCUCCUGACAGCCUGGCAAUGGGAAGGUCAAGAGAAAUCAUGGGCCUUCAGGAGUAAGCCAAGCAGGAUUGAGGGACAACUUAAGAGGUCAUUAAUCCUCUGGCAUAAUUGAGCCAUGUUUUGGAAAAGCAUGGGUUGCAUGUCAGAGGAGAUUGUGACUUUCAGUGCUACAAGUAGUACAAGCACUUCAAGGUUCUUCUAGAAGUGGCCCGAUCGGGAGCCACCACCUCUGGGGAGGAGCAGGGGCUCCAGACAGUAAGCAUAAGGCACUUACCGCAAGCAAUGGAUGGCACCAACUUUUAAAGGUGACUUUAUUAAUCAAUGGUUUCACCUCUAAAUUAUAUUUUUACAGAUAUGCACCUAUGCAACUUAAUGUGGCUCUUCUAAGCAGGUGAGGACUUCCUCCUCAAUGCUCUCUAUAAAAAGUAUUUGUGUUCUAUAUAGUGAGUUUUUCAGUAAAUGUGGCUUAAUAUUUUAACUCCUAGACUGUGUCUUUCUACGUGAUGCGACUAAAUUCUGUUUUGUUUGUGGAAUGACUAGCACAGGCCGACUCCCUUUUUCCCUCACUUAACAGAAGACCAAUGAGCUGUUAAUCGAGCUGUUCAAUCUCCAUGGUAUUACUGCUAAAUGCACUGAUUUCAUAAGUAUGUGGAAUCCUUUUCCUUUUGAAUCUGUAUAUCAUAUAUAAGACUGAAUCUACUUAAUAAACACUGAACAAACCCA